GAAGACACAUAUAUCACUUCAAGAAUAUUGGCUCAUCGAUCAUGCCAGAUAGACCCAACACUAUGGCUCUUCAAACAUGCCAUGCCCCCCCGAAAACUAUGGCUAUAAUCUAGGUCGACCCAUUUCUAGCCCUCCCACGUGUCGCUCUGUCAGAGUGCCACUCCUGCGAGUCCCUUCCUUUUAGUUCGACUCCCUCACCAGUCUCUUGAGUAACCCACUUUCUAGUACUGUUCCUCGCCAAGAACCACCUCCUGAGAAGAAAAUGAAGAUCUUCAAUUGGAUGCACAAGAGGUUUCAUCAUACCCUUCACAAAGAUGAGUUUGAUAGAAAUGGGAAAAAGCCGGAAUUCGCAACGAGUGAGUUAGACAGGCAAGCAUUGCUCAAACAAGCAGCACUUGUGAAUGUGCUUGAUGGUUGGAGAGAUGGCAUUUUAACAAUUGGCACAUUUGGUCUUGAAUCUUUUGAUCCUCCAAGAAUCAUUGAUCAAAAACAUGACUACCUCAUUCUCCGAACCCGGGAAGAUGAAUUCGAAGUGGAAGAUGAUCACGAAGAAACGUUUUAUGUCGAUAAUGCUGAGGAUAUCAACAAUGAAGACUACUACAAUAACAGGAAAUAUGAAGAACAAGAAGAAGCAGCAGAAGAGAUGAGUCCACUGAUGUUUACAACAUUUGAGCGCAAUUUCGACUUCAUUGAUGAUGUUCCUCUUCCAUUUUACGGAUCUUCUCAAGUUCAACCCGACUUGGGUGUCGCUGCGAUUGAUCAGAGAAAGAAGAAAGGAGAAAGAGUAACACUAGCGGACCUGUUCUCCGCGGAUUCCGAUGUCAAAACGAAGCCAACACUUGAGAAAAAUGAACUUGAUUCUGGUAAACUGCGGAGACUUAAAACCAAGAAUGGACUUUCUAUUGCCAAGAAGUUGAUUCCUCUUGUUGGCGAGGAUUCGCGCCCAAUCAAAAAACUAAACAAAUUGAUGAGGAAGAUGUUGAAGAGGAAAAUUCACCCAGAACCGGAAGUGAAGGAAGAAAAACUGGAUGACCAAGUCAAUGCUACAGAGCUUCCAAUCGCCUGUGAAUCAGUUGCUCUGCUUCGAACCCCAGCAGGUCCUGCUGUUUGAGCUAAGAAGUGAUGGGGCUUAAUUUGGUAGAGAUGUAUCUUCUUCCAGUAUUAUUACUAUAUUUGUUUAUUAAUAAUUACUCCUUUAUGUGAUUUA